AUACUGAAGGUUCCGCUGAAAGAUCGUAUCUAUCCACGUAACUCAGAAGAGAUAGCAGUAGCUUCAUAGUUCACGGAGAUGUGAUCGGAUGUCUGCUUUAUAAACUGUGGGUCACUGGGAGUGAAGUGAAACCAUCCAAAGACAUGGCAGAGGAACAAGAAGGACAGGAUAUCACCUGUCAGGACACAUUUGAUGCACCAUCAUCACCCACACCUGCAAAUGAGGUGCCUAUAAACACCAGUGGUGAAGCCACAGCACAAGAGGUCAACGAUGCUUUUUUAGCUGAAGGUGAUCAUUUACCGGACAAAGUCAACAAAAACAGUGACCCAGCUGAAGGUGCCCCAGCUGAAGGUGCCCCAGCUGAAGGUGACCCAGCUGAAGGUGAAAGUCGUGACGUUUGCAAAGGAGAUUCUACAAAAAUCGAAAGUACAGCUGAGACGAUCCCUGAAAAGCAUUCCUGUCCAAGUGGUUCAACAGGAGAAAACCCCUCUGGGACUGAGGCAGAUCCUAAAGCAGCAACCUUACCAACACUAGCCAGUGGAGAGGAGGAGGAAGUAGAUGGUCCUAAAGUUGGGAUAAGUGAAAACUCACCAGCCAUUAAAGAUACAAACAAUGAAGCUGAAGAAGGCGAGUCUUAUCCCUCUGAAGACUCACAGACUGCUGAACUUUUGGAUCCAGAUGAGUCGAAUGCCUCAGCUUCAGAGGAAGAAACGAAGGCGCCAGUUGUAAAAAAGUUAGAUGGUCAAACAAGCUGUGUUGAAACUAUUGGCCCCACCAUCACUGAGGCUUCUGAAUCAGCGUUUUCAGAAGCUGAUGGAACUCACGGAGGAAGCAAAAGAGUCCUGGUGGUAGUGGGCAUAGUGGUACUCAUCGCUAUCCUGGUGCAGCAUCUCCUUCAACCAGAAUCUGUACCUCCGAAAAAUGAGUUGCAGCCAAUAGACCUCUUCCUGGAGCAGAUGGAAAAAGUAAAGACUCAGUAUCCCAGUCAGCGUGCCGAGCUCUGGAAAAGGAGCAGACUUCACCUGAAGAGGCACCUCCAGACUUCCCAUCCCACAGAGCCAGUGAGUCUGAUCCUGACUGCAGGCCUUGGAGCAGAGAGGACGCUGAACUGCCUCUCUCAGAGUCUGGCCUUCGCCUUUUCUUCUGCCCUCAGCACUUCUGUCCUCCACAUCGACGGAGCCAGCAAAGCCAGACAAGACAGUGACCAAGUCAAGCUGGACAUUGACAAUCAGGAGAACAUCAUCUCUAAGCUGCUUGGUGAUUAUGACAAAGUGAAAGCCCUGUCGGAAGGCUCUGACUGUCGGUGUAAAUGUGUUGUCAGACCCCUGAGCAGGAGCCCCACGGAGCAGGACUCCUACAGCGUGGAAACCAUCUCCUCCGGACCCGACUGCAAGUGCGCAUGCGUCGCUCCUCGGUCGGCGGUCAACCCCUGCGAGGGAGAGUUCAGGCUGCACAAGCUCAGGGAGGCUGGAAAAGAAAAUGUCAAGCUGUCCACCAUCCUGGAGCUGCUGGAGGGUUCCUUCUAUGGAAUGGAUCUUCUCAAGCUGCACUCCCUGACCAGUAAACUCCUGAAGCGUGUGGAUCGCAUUGAAAAGGCGGUGUUUUUGAACCACUCUGUGGAGGAAGUGAUGCCUCAGGAGAGUCCUCCCAUCCAGGCAGAAGUAACGGAAAGUCCACUUACUUCUCUUCCUCGUCAGCAUCAAGACAAGAGGAGACUCGAGGAGGUUGGCAGGGCAGCAGAUGAUCAAAAUCCAGAAAAGCAUGAGGAGAAGCUCACUGGGGACAAUCCACCUGUCCUACAGGCAGAGGUUUCUGUUCAGGCCACUGAGGUCAGACCCCGGGCGACUCUCAAAAGCAAGGCAAACAAAGAGGAUUCCCAGUUGCCAAAGACUGGAGAUAAUGGAAUGAUCAUCAGAGGGAUGACUUUUUACAAGUCUAAGCCUGAUCCCAUGGUAGCAGAUGAUGAACAGCCUGGAGACAACUCUCCAGUACGGCCAACAUUUAUUACAAAUGCCACGACACCACAGGAUGAAACCAAUCCCACCCAUGCUUCAAGCUCAGCUUUACCCAGAGUCACCAGUAUACCUGCUCUCACAUCUACUUCAGCAGAAGCUGCAACAAAUACCAAACAGGUUGCUCAGGUCAAACACAAAUACAGAGUUAGUUGGGAAGAAGAAAAAGUGGAGGAUGAACUCCUAAAUAUGAGCGAGCCGAUGCAAAGGCAGGAGGAAUCAACCUCAGGAAAACCUGAGGACUGUAAGGACACUUUAGCAAGUAUCUCUGAACCAGUAACCCAGAACACCUAUGGCGGGAUGGAGGGAGCGUGGAUGAAGGAUCCAAAGUCUGCUGAUGACAAAAUUUAUGUCACCGACUUUUAUUACGGGAAUAACCUCUUGGAGUUCCGCAGUCUGGAAGUGUUCAAACAAGGCCGUUUCACCAACUCCUACAAGCUUCCAUACAACUGGAUUGGUACGGGUCAUGUGGUUUAUGAUGGGGCCUUUUACUACAACCGGGCCUUCUCCCGUGACAUCAUCAAGUUUGACCUGCGGCACCGUGUCGUAGCCGCCUGGACCAUGCUGCACGAUGCCCUGUUCGAGGAGUCUUCAUCACCGUGGGAAUGGCGCAGCCACUCGGACGUUGACCUUGCUGUGGACGAGAGCGGCCUGUGGAUCAUCUACCCGGCGCUGGACGACGAGGGCUUCCUGCAGGAGGCGGUCAUUCUGAGCCGGCUGGACCCCACAGACCUCAGCAUGAAGAAGGAGACCACCUGGAGAACCGGGCUCAGACGGAACUAUUUUGGGAACUGCUUCAUUGUGUGUGGCGUCUUGUAUGCUGUUGACAGCUAUAAUCGAAGGGACGCCAACCUGGAGUACGCCUUCGACACGCACACGAACACGCAAAUGAGUCCCAGAAUGCCCUUCAUCAAUAACUACACCUACGUCACACAGAUUGACUACAACCCCAAGGAGGGCGUUUUGUAUGCAUGGGACAAUGGACACCAGGUCACAUAUGACAUCAAGUUUGCCUACGUUGAACUUUAG